ACACACACACACGCGCGCGUGCGGGACGGAGAGACUCUGCUGCAGUUUGCUGCCAUCUAUGGUUUCAGGAACAUCCAGACCCUGGUCCACCGGAUGAGGAAGGGACGAGUGCCGUACCAGCUGGUGGAGGUUCUGUCCUGCCCGGGAGGGUGCUUGAGUGGCCGCGGUCAGGCUGAGAGCGAGGCGGGAGGACGGGUGGACAAAGCCCUGGUCCAGCAGAUGGAGGACUCCUACAGCAGCCUGCCGGUCCGUCUCCCAGAGGUCAACCCCGCCCUGCAGACCCUCUAUCAAGACUGGCUCCAGGGCCAAGACUCCCCCCAGGCCAGCACGCUGCUGCACACCCAGUACAGAAACCAGGGUCAGGUCCACGCACAGCCCCCCCACAUGCAGUGGUGAGGACAGGGUUUUACUUUAAGACAUGAUGGUUGAAUGAGGACCGCCUAAGCUCGGUCCUGAUUCUGCUUGGACCAUCUCCAUCCUGCUGACGACCACGAAGGACCUGCUGAAGAGCUGCUGCUCUAUGGACCAGGGACUGAAUUCUCCGUAUGUGCAGUUCUUUCACCUGACCACAGGGGGGCGAUGUCUGUCUUUACAACAUGGCCAAAGCUGAGCCUGAGGAGAGAUGAGGUCCAGACUGAAGCCUUGAUGUCACUGAGCUGCUCACAUAAUGACUAAUAACAUUAAUUAGGUACAGAGUCGUCUGAUUGUCCGGCUGCUCUGAGACGUCAGGGAGUCUGAAGCAUGUGUGAAGUAUUUAUGCCAAAAUACAAAAAUACAAAAUGCAGAGCAAUAAUCCAGAGAGCAGAAACAUGUAAAAGCUUUUAGCAGAACUGGAGCUGAUGACCUGAACUUUGACCCAAAACCGUGUUUCACUCUAAACAACAUGUUGCAAUAACUUGCAUUUAUCACCUGCUGCUGAACGCUCACCUUAUUAACAUACACACACAGAAAUAAACACAUGAACAAAAUGUAGAA